CUGAAGGGCUGGGAAGAAAAUUAGUGACCCUGCGCAGUGGUGUGCUGAUGCCAGCAGGAUUGAAGGCCUGUCUGGCGCUGGGGAGUGGCAGUGCAGAGCGGGGUAGGAGCAGACCAGUUGUAGGCCACUGCGUGACAUGGGGUUUGGGGGGCUGACAAGCCAUUAGCUGGUGAGUAAGUACCCAGCUGUUGUUCAGUUCACACUGGAGCUGGACCUGCGCACAUGGAGAGGCGUAUACCUCAGGGGCAGCUUGUCUUCCCCAGUGGGCUUCAUUAGAAGCCAUCUUCUGGGAGACACUGCUCAGGCACUUAUCCCUUUGACCUUGAAACAACCUUGGAGAGGCAUGAGAUGUGCCACCAGCAUGGCCAGAGUGAUGGGGGUGAUGGGGUCUUGUUUAUUUUAGUCACAGCUAUAGUUUGGUGGGGGCACCUAGGCAUUUCAGGCACUUUCUACAUCUGUGCCUGUGCCGGGGUUAAGGAAGUCAACAUGUACACAACAUUUAGGCCUGGCAUGAGUUGAAGCAGUCUGAUUCAUUGUCAAACUACUUUUUUUUUUUUCUUAAAGGGGGGAAAAACCACAUCUAACCAUGUUGGUGUGAUUGGCAAGGGCCUUGGGCGCCCCUUGGGCUCUGUUGCGGCAUGUUGUUGAACGUGGGGGUGUUGCUGACAUAGGCGCUGGGUCACCUGACUGCUGGCGGCCAGCACUCAGGAGCCCUGCUGCCCUCAGAUGCCAGUUCAGAUUCCAGGCCCAGUUGACUCUGUGGCACGUGACUCGAGCCAGGAGGAGAAAGGAAGGGAAGUACGGACCUGAGAGGAGGCAGGCCUGCAGUCCAGCAGCCUCUCUUGGCCUUCUGGGGUGUCUUUCCAUACCCGUAGCUUUUGCUCAUCAGCAUUGACUUCUGAGGAGGGAAGUACGUAAGUAAACUGCAAAUGGUCUCAAGUCCGGCAGUGAGCCUCCCUGUCUGCAGGGCUCCCAGGGACACUAGAAAAUGCCUUCACCUGGCAGAAAGGAAAGUAAAAGACAGAUUGGGCCUGGCUGAGCUGGAACUGGCCAAAAGGUAGUUGACCACACUUGGCCAUUUCCCAGAAGAGCCUCAUCCUGAGAGUGAGUGACUGAUGGGGAGCUGUUUCUACUGACAACAUUCCCUGGGGGUGCCCCGGCAUCACCACUGCCCAGGGUUGCCCUCCUGAAGAUGGCUCGUGCCCACCCUGGGAUGCAGCCCAGUGCCUGAGGUCCUUACCAUGGUGAUGAUCCUAAGGAGAAGCCUCGCCAACCAGGGAGCCGACUCCAUAGCAUGUAGGACCUUCAGCCCUGAACUGCACACGCCAAAGAAGAUGAGUCAAGGACCUACCCUUUUCUCUUGUGGAAUUAUGGAAAAUGACCGAUGGCGAGAUCUGGACAGGAAAUGCCCUCUUCAGAUUGACCAGCCGAGCGCCAGCAUCUGGGAAUGCCUGCCUGACAAGUGUCAGGACGGCUCCCUGUGGCACCGGGAGGCGGUGACUGCCUGUUCAGUGACCAGCCUGAUCAAAGACCUUAGCAUCAGUGACCACAAUGGGAACCCCUCGGCACCCCCUAGCAAGCGCCAGUGCCGGUCACUGUCCUUCUCCGAUGAGAUGUCCAGCUGCCGGACGUCAUGGCGGCCCUUGGGUUCCAAAGUCUGGACUCCUGUGGAGAAGAGACGGUGCUACAGCGGAGGCAGUGUCCAGCGCUACUCCAGCGGUGCCGGCACCAUGCAGAGGAGCUCCAGUUUCAGCCUCCCUGCCCGGGCCAACGGGCUCUCCUCACCCUGCCAUCAGGCUGGGCUACACCGCUUUGGGGGACCGUCCUGCCAAGGGCCACUGGGCUCAGCCCCCUGUGGCCAGGGGGGUGACACCUGGAGCCCAGAGCCGCACCCCACGGGAGGGGGCCGGCUAGACCUGCAGCGGUCUCUCUCCUGCACGCACGAGCAGUUUUCCUUCGCAGAGUACUGUCCACCCUCAGCCAACAGCACCCCUGCCUCAACGCCGGAGCUGGCGCGACGCUCCAGUGGGCUUGCCCGCAGCCGCUCCCAGCCGUGUGUCCUUAAUGACAGGAAGGUCGGCGUGAAACGGCGGCGCCCCGACGAGGUGCAGGAGCAGAGGCCUUCCCUAGACCUCGCCAAGAUGGCACAGAACUGUCAGACCUUCAGCAGCCUCAGCUGUCUGAGCUCCGGGAUGGAGGACUGUGGCCCGCAGAGCCCCUUCACCCUGGUCAGCAGUACCCGCUCCUGGACCGCCUUGCUCUCAGCCUCCAGCCCGGAGGGCAGGACCCCCGCCGGGACCCCCGUUUCUGAGCCUCUCCCCUCCUCCUUCGAUGACCGCCUCGUGUGCCAGGAGGACCUGUCCUGCGAGGAGUCGGAUGAGGAGUGCAGGAGGGGGGAGCCGGCCACAGCCUGGCGGGACCACCGGGUCACGGGGAACAGCCUGUGCUCCCUGGAUGGCGAGCUGGACAUUGAGCAGAUAGAAAACAACUGAGAGGCCCCGGGCCUCAUCCAGGGUGGGGGUGUGUUGAAUCCCUGGGCCUGACGAAAGCUUUCCAAGGGGUGUCAGGUCCCCUGGAGGAAGCCCACCCUCCUCCAGGGAGAGGACCCGGCUCUAGGAGGGCCGACUCGGCCAGCCUGUUGCGGGACGGUCAGCCUUCACCCACCAUCAAGCAUGUUGGCCAACAGGUCCACGGAACUACUGUAGCCCAAGAGCUGCUUUUGUUUGGCCCUUUCUGCCUGUUCCUCAUGGGAGGUGGGCAGUCACCCCUGGCAGGGUGGGGCCCACGCUGCAUCCCCUGGGUUGGGAUGUGGGAGGCUGUGCUCAGGGCCAGGGCCUUCUUGGCCUCGCUCAGGUUCACUCUGGGGAGUUGCCCACCGCGUCCUUCGCUCUGUUUAUUCUGUGCCUUCUCUCCCAGGUCUUCUCGCUCCAGGCUUGGGAAGGUUCGGGAGACACCUGUAGUGACACCAGAACCGUGUGGCCUUAAUCCACAUGAGGGCACUGGGGGGGCCCUCAAGGGGGCAAGCCUGUGUCCAGACUCUCGGGCUCAGGGGACAACUGGGGGUGCUUGACAGAAGCAUCCACAUCGGGAAGGAUUAGGCGGGUCUGUUGUCUGGCAAGGCAGACGCUGCUCCCCCCCGACAGGAAGAGCCACUUGAGGGGCUGCUGUGGCCGCUCUCCCCACGGUGACUUGGCCACGGAGGAGUCAGCUGAGUGUAGAGAUGUCCUGACUAAAGGGCGACCUCUUAAGUGUCCUCAGGAGACAAGCAGGUGCACGACCCCCGGCCCUGUGCGCAUGUCAGGCCUGCGGGCCGCUCGGCAGGGGCCCCUGCUCCGGUCCCCACACAGUCUCGUCUGUUCACGGGCACUGCUGGCUUUAAUCGAGGAGCCCCAUUCACCUUGAGAUUCUCUCUCCUUCACUGCCGCUGCCGGCCCGACUCCCAGCCGCCCUCCUGGCCCCCCACUCCUCCAUCCAGCACGGGGUCCGCCCGCCCUGCAGAGGCCGCACGGGGCUGGGUUCUAGCAGACUGGUGUGUAGUAAAUUUGGCACCUUCCUUGACAAUAGCAAGUGGCUAAAAAUAGCUGGUGUGCUCUCCUGAGCUGGCGGACAUGUGCUCUGGGCACUGCCGUCAAUCUGCUCGCGCUGGCCUUCUGGGGCAAGCCAGCACCCCUCUUCCGCAGGUCAGGCCUCUCGGGCUUGGCAGACUGCUCACACCUUCACUUGUUCCGACACCAAAAAGUGGCAGUGACUCCAGUUCUGAGGUGAAGGUAGCCUCUCUGGAGGCCUCGCCCAGCACCUCAGACAUGGACAGCCCAAGUGGAGCGCCGGGGAUUGGGCCUGGUACAGGGCAGGUCCUACCCGGGGCGGGGGGGGGGGGCAGCUCACUGCCGAGCGCUGGAAAGCUGGCCUCUCUAGGGAGCACCUCGGCCCUGCUUGGUGGGUUGCAGAGGCAGGCUGUCCUCAGAACAACAUGGGAAGAGGAAAAGGGUUGCUGAGAGGAUGUGGAGAGCAUGUGACCACGCUCCACGUUCCCAGAACGCCCAGGAUGGGCCAUCCAGCCCUCAUGGAGUGCACAUCCCCUAACGCAGACAUUUCCUGUGGAAGGUACCAGAGGCAGGCCCCGUUUCCCAGUCCAUUCCACAAGGCCAGCCAGGCCAAAGUGUGGAGCAGCAGCUCCUUAGGACCAGACAAGAGGUGCCUGGUCGCGGGUGCGUGUCAUGAAUGGCCUUUCCUCGGACUCCGUCCACCCCUAUUAGCACACCUGCCAGCACAAGGCUUGCCUUAUCCUUGCCACCUCCCAACGAGCCAGUCCCCUGGCCAGCAGGCCAGCCCCAGGAUACUUAGAGAGAUGAUCCAGGCCCACCCAGAACAGGAAGCGACCUGGCCCCACCGGAAGUCCUCAUCCAGCCCGCAGCAGCAGUUGUCAGGAAGACAGCAGGCGUCUUUUCCACUUAGACAAACAGCCUGUGGUAACUUGUGGUUCUUUCCACUGGAUAGACACCCCCAUCCAGAGGGCACCCACCAUCGCCCCAGCCAUGCCUCCACAAAGGCCUGGCUCCCCGCUCUACUGGCCCCAGGACUUUGGUCUUGAAGGAGGUUCACCCAGGAGCUCCCUGUAGGCAGGCUCCCUCAGCCAGCGUGUGGUCUCAGCCGUGGAAGUGGAGACUUCCCCCUAGCAUGGGGAAGAAGGGCCUCCUGUCCCGUGGCUUCCCUCCCACCCAAAGCCCCCCCCCCCCCCCGGGCCGACGGGAGCUGAUGUGUGCUGGGCGCCCAGCAGUAGCGUUUACAUGACCCACACCCUCUUGCCUUACUCAGGCCGGGGAGGCUGAGCCUGGCCCCGAGCCCCAGGGAAGCCUCCCCACCCCCACCCCGAGGCCCAGGAGCUUGGAACAACCACACAUGACACAUUUUCAUGCUCAGAAAGCCUUACAACAAAAUUUUUAUAGCAGGAGAGUCUUUAUUAAUUUGUAUGUUGAAAGAAAACGUCCUCAUUAAAAAGGGAAGCGAUCUCCAUUUUCCAGAUGGGUCUCCUAGGGGAGGGGAGAGGAUUUCCCGUGGUCUGGUGCUGCCAGGGCGCACGUCCCGGGCCCUGCCUGCGUGAGCAAGCUCCCAGCGGUUAGAAUGCACCCCUGGAUCCUGCACCCCGUUACCACCAGGGACAGAGGCACGCGUACUCUGGGGCCGUGGAGGUAGUCACUCGCUCGGUCGGCACCGGCCUCCUGGGACGGAGCAUCCGCUCGGUGCGAGGGCUCGGGAAGCCCCGCCCGGGCGCUCUGCCCCGGCGUGAGCAGCGAAGCGGUGCCCGGCGGCACCUUCACUGCCGGCCCGGCCCUUCCCGCCGCGCCGGCCCCGAGGCCAUGCCCGGGGAAGAGGGAGGCGUCCUCCAGCGGCCGCAGCGGAGCUCUUAUAGCCUAGGUAGAUAGUGUGACUCUAGCGUAGUCUUGGUAUGAGUGUCGUCAGCGUGAAGGGGCGCGGGCGAUGGCCGGGACGGGGGUGCACAGGCUGUACGGGGUUGUGCACGCGGCCGCGGCGCUAGCCGGGCAGUGCUGGUGCUGCUGAGCGUCGGAAACCAUGGCGCCUGCGCGGUGCCGGCCCCGCUCCCCGCCUCGGCGAAGCAGUCUGUGCGGCAGGGCGCCCGCUCCGCGCCCGCCGCCCUCCGCCCGCCGCAGCCCGCCCGCCCUGCGCAGCCCAGGACUGUCUUGCACUAGAGCCCCUCUAGUCUCAGGAAUUUGCUUGUUACUUUUACUGUGUAAAUAAAGCUUCCUGGUUCAAUGCCCAGCUGCCUGGGAACGGCUGUGUGGCUUUGUUGGGUGUAGGGAUCAGGGGGGGCCAC